AUGGCAGAAGUCGCCCCAGCAGCACCCGCUCCGGCCAAGGCACCCAAGAAGAAGGCAGCUAAGCCCAAGAAAGCGGGACCCAGCGUCAGUGACCUGAUUGUUAAGGCUGUGUCCGCCUCCAAGGAACGCAGCGGCGUGUCCCUGGCAGCGCUCAAGAAGGCUCUUUCUGCCGGUGGCUACGAUGUAGAGAAGAACAACUCCCGCGUCAAGGUCGCCGUCAAGGGGCUGGUUACGAAGGGGACCUUGGUCCAGACCAAGGGAACCGGCGCCUCCGGGUCUUUUAAGAUCAACAAGGCCGCUGAGACCAAGGCAAAGAAUCCUGUCAAGAAAGCCGUCACUCCGAAGCCCAAGAAGGUUGUCGCCAAGAAGCCCGCUGCGGCCAAGAAGCCCAAGAAGGUUGUGGCGAAGAAGCCAGCAGCUGCCAAGAAGUCUCCCAAGAAGGCAAAGAAGCCCGUGGCAGCCAAGAAGGCUACCAAGAGCCCCAAAAAGGCCAAGAAGCCUGUGACGCCCAAGAAGGUAGCAGCCAAGAAGGCAGUCAAGGCAGCCAAACCCAAAGCGGCCAAAUCAAAGGCAAAGAAGGCGACACCCAAGAAGAAGUAAUUUUUUUUAUACAACUUCGUGUGGCAACGUGGCAGUUGCUUUGCUCACUGUUACACACGCACAAACAAA